AUGUCGUGCCCAGCCUGCUUUUCUGGCUCCGAACAUGAUGGAACCCCAAAGGGCAAGGUGAUCAAGCUCCACGGCUUGGACACCUACGUUACCGAGCCACCAGAGGGCAGGCCUGCCAAGGGCAUCAUUGUCAUCAUCCCCGACGCGUUUGGCAUCGACUUCAUCAACAACAAGAUCCUCGCCGACAUCUACGCUGCCAAGGGAGACUACAAAGUCUACCUCCCUGACUUCAUGCUCGGCCACUCGUGCCCGACCUGGCUCUUGGCCAACAUGGACGGCAUCAUGAAGAGCGGCAGCUACCUCGCCAUGCCCUACCACAUCUUCUGGGCCAUGUGGGGGUUCAUCCCCUGGAUCCUCCGGAACCGCCCCGGGAAGAGCUUCCCCAUCGUCAAGAAGUUCUUCGCGGACCUGCGCAGGGAGGCCGGCCCGGCCGGCCCGCCCGUCGGCGCCGCGGGCUUCUGCUGGGGCGGCAAGCACGUCGUCCUCCUCGCCGACGCGCAGCACAGGACCGACGACGGGCGGCCCAUGUACGACGCCGGGUUCACGGGCCACCCGAGCUUCCUCGAGAUCCCCAAGGACAUCGAGAGGAUCGCCCUCCCGGUCUCGAUCGCGGUGCCGGAGCUGGACAACCAGUUUUCUGUACCCAGGGAUAUUGAUAUCAUCAACAAGAUCAUGGAGGGCAGGCCCGAGGCCACCAAGGGCGAGGUCCGGGUGUACGACAAGGUCGGCCACGGGUUCUGCGUCAGGGCGGACAUGAAGGUUGAUGAUGUGGCCAAGUCGGCUGCUGAGGCGGAGGACCAGGCUAUUGCUUGGUUCAACGCCAAGUUGGGCAAGACCCUGUGA